GGUCAAAGCACCGCGUAAAAUGGUCAAAGCACCACGUAUAAUGAUUAAAGCACCGCGUAUAAUGGUCAAAGCACCGCGUGUAAUGAUCAAAGCACCCAUUGAAAUAAAUUUGUACGACCUAAGACAGCUAUGGCUUUCCAUACAGGAGUAUCGUUACAUGUUUGUGGAUGUAGAAGUCCAGGUGCAACCCUCGACCUUGGGGAGAACUUAAGAGCAGUUCAGCGCAAGCCCAAGACCAAAGGUCUCCUCGGUUUGCAUAAGCCUGUGCAAACACGUUCAACUCAACAAAAUCAAUUACUCAACAGUGUUGUAGUUGAUGACGAAUUUCUUAGUAUUCAAUGGAAAGAUGGAAAUAUCGAUGAAUUUCCACAUAUUUAUCUUCGUGAAAAUUGCAGUAAAUACCAAAACCCAAUUACGAAAGGACGGAUAAUAUCUCCUUUGGAUUUAGAUAUGAAUGUUGUACCCAAACAUGUCUAUAUUGACUCCAAUGUGUUAAACGUGAUAUGGAACGAUGAUCACACCAGUUUAUUUACAACUGAAGAAUUGCAAUUAUUGAGGCACAAACCUCAGACUCAAGAAACCGAGAUAUUGGCAAACCAUGUAAAAUUUUGGGGAGAUCUAACGUCGUUUAAAAAUAAGGCCAUGCCUGUUUUUGAUUAUCAACGGCUUAUGGAAAAUGAUUAUACUUUAUAUCAAUGGCUUGUAGAAUUAGCUUUCAAAACUGGUAUUGCAAAGAUAGAAAACAUUCCUGUUGAGAAACUGCAACUACAGAAAUUAGGAAAUCGUGUUGGUUAUCUUGUGUCGACAAAUUAUGGUAUAAUCCAUGACGUGAAAACACACAGUCGAGAUAAUGCAACAGAUAUUGGUUAUACAUCUGCUGAGUUACAAUUACAUACAGACUACACUUUCACAUAUCACCAACCUAUGAUUGGCAUGUUCCAUUGUUUACAACAUUCUUCAAAAGGAGGCGCAAAUCGCUGGUCUGAUGGUUUUUAUGCUGCUUACCGACUUUUUAAAGAAGAUCCCGAAUCAUUUUAUUUGCUUGCUGGAACGCCUGUAGCUUUUUGUACGAAAGGCCGAUCUGAAAUUUGUGAUUACAAUUUCACUUCACGUCAAAGGCUUAUUAGUCUUGAUUUCUUUGGUAAACUGUCUCAAGUUUGCUACAGGAACGAUUAUCGCGAUAGGAACAUGCCUUUGGAGCCAAAACAUAUGAAAGCGUUUUAUAAAGCUUAUGGACGUUUUACAGAAUUAUUGAAUGAUGACGAAUCAUCUUUUUGGUUUAAGAUAAUGUCUGGUGAAGCUAUGACUUUCAACAAUUUCCGUGUUCUUCAUGCAAGAAGUGCAUUCGAAAUCGAAAAAGACAGCAAGAGUAGAUGGUUACAAGUUUCUUAUAUGAACUUAGAUUGUGUCCACUCAAAAAUACGAUUGCUUGCUGAAAAACAUGGCGUUUCAUCUCCAGUAUAAUGCGCAAUAUUAUGUCAUCAACUUAACAGUAAAUGUAAGAACUUUGAUUAAGAUAUGGAUUUUUAUACUUUCAUAUACUCUAACAUGAAGUUGUAAGUGCAGAAUCAGUAUUAAAGUCAUCAAUUAACA